GUUCGCCAGCUUUUUAACUCUUGCGGCAAGAGCCUACAGCGGCUGUCCUUCAUUGGAUGCUCUAAGGGUGCCUUUCAAGGUGAUUCAAUCUUAUUGAUUUCUGCACUCUACUGUAAGAAUUUAUCUCACAUCGACGCCAGUUACGCGCAUACCGUGCGCGACCAGACCAUUCGCGCAGUUGCAGAAGCCUCUGUCGCCCUGAAAAGUGUUCAGCUCAACGGAGCCCAAAAUAUCUCCAACUCGGCGAUUGAGCAUCUCGUACGCUACCACAAGUCCACUUUGGAACGCCUUGAAUUGUUUGGCUGCUUCCGCCUCAAUUCAAAGAUCUUCACCACCCUUGGCGAGUGUCAUGGUCUAAAGGCCCUCGCAUUCGGCUUCCUGCAUCAUCUUUCAUCAGCUGGCCUCCUGGAACUCGUCUCGAAGGUUUGUAUUUACUCUUCCUUCCCCUCCCCUCUUGCUCGCUUGCACUCCUGCAAUUAG